AUGUUUUUCGUCAUUGAGCAGUGGCACAAUGUGGCGCUGCGGCCUGCGCAGCUGGGCCGCCGCUACCAUCAAUACGUCGAGACCUUACUGCGGCAGCAAGUCGAAGGAAAAUGCCUACACAAUCUAGGCUACAUCAUCUGCGUCAUUCGCAUCGUCCACAUGGAGGCUGGGCGCGUGCAGGACGGCACGGGGAUGGUAAUCGUCGCAGCAAGAUAUCAGGCGAUCACGUUCAAACCUUUCAAGGAUGAGGUUUUGGAUGCCGUCAUUACCGACGUCAACAAGCUCGGGCUCUUUGCACAGUGUGGACCACUGAAGGUGUUUGUCUCUCGCGCGUCGCUGCCGCCGUCCUUCGUUUACCAGGACGACAGCGCCGUGGGCUGCAUGACUGACGGAGAAGUCGAGUUGCGCGUGGACAGCGACAUUCGCUUGCGACUCCUCGGUGUGCGCUACGACUCGAUGAACUUGUUUGCGAUCGCCACGAUCAACGAGAGCUACCUGGGGCCGAUUCACCACAGCAACCUGGGCACGCAGAGCAACGCCGCCUUGUUCGGCGGCUUGGGGGCUGCGUCGUCUGAUUAUGUCUCCCCGCAGAGUCCCUCGCUUCACUCUCCACAUUCGCCCGCGCUGUAG